CAAUGUUUUUUUUUAUCAAGCACUGCCGUCUUUUAUAGAACAUUAUCGAAUGUUUGUGUUAGAUUUGCUCCACUGAACUCACCGUAAAGACAAUUUAGUUUAACAAACCCCAGAUGUAAUUAAAAAGUUUGUCAUACCAAUUCUAAUUUUGCUCUGUUAUUGACAAUUUGCAAUGGCUGAAGCUGCAGAAGUGAGUCAACCGAUUGGCUGUUAUGUUGACACACGCGAGGAGACAAAUAUCCGUGCCUACAAAAAAUGGAUAAAUUCAAAGAUUGGAAAAAAACACGCCCCUGUUGAAAAUUUGAUUGAAGACUUACGUGAUGGUCGUGUUUUGAUUUCAUUACUUGAAAUUUUGUUAAAUAAAAGAAUUCCUUUUUCCAAAGGAAACAUGAGAUUUCAUCACCUUGACAAUGUUAGAACAGUGUUGAAUUUACUUCGAGAGCAAGGGUUGAAACUUCAUUUUAUAAACAGCGAAGCAAUUGUCGAUGGAAACAAAAACUCAAUUCUUGGUCUCAUCUGGAUGAUCAUACUUCACUUUCAGGUUAAAGAAAUUGUGUCAAAUAAGGAAAACAAAAAUGCAAAACCCAGUGAUUCUUCUCCUCGAAAAAAAUCUCUUUUGAGUCAGGCUGAAGCUGAAAAACUGUUAUUAAGCUGGAUACAACAUGUUCUUCAAGGAUUUUCAAAUGGAGCCACGAUUAAUGAUUUUAAAAAGAGUUGGGAAGAUGGCUUUGCAUUUAUUUAUCUUCUUCACGCCUUUCGACCAAGUGCUGUCGACAUGAGCGAAGCACAGAAAAUGUCAGUUGCAGAUAGAUUAGAUUACUCCUUCAAUGUUGCGGAAAAAGAGUUUGGCGUUCCCGGUUUAUUGGAAUCUUCAGAGGUUGAACAAGGUAACUUUGAAAAGAAUGGAAUGUUGAUGUACCUUUCUUCAUUAUACGAAGUGUUAAGGAAUCAGGAAGUACAAAAGACUUCGUUGAUGAUUGAGCCUCAAAAAUGUACAGUAUGUAUUGGUGAAGACGUCAUUCACAUUCAAGUUGUGUCAAAAAACGAGAUUGUCUUACGUUACAUGAAACUAUACUACACGGUCUUAUAUUCAAUAAAAGAAUUGGAAAAGAGAAUGAAGGCAAUCGAAGAAAAAGAGCCAUGCCAGGAGAGUGCCAUUGAAGUGAAAAAAAUUCAAAUGGAAAAGGAAAAGUUGAAGACGAAGAUUGAAGAACUAAAUACAAUAAAUCAAGAGAUGUCAAAGUCACCAGGAGUUGACAGCAAGGAAUUCUCGGAAAUACAAAGAGAAUUGGAAGAGCUUAAUAAACGUUGGUCGGCACUUUUGAAGCUAAUAAAUAAAGAACUGUUGAGACAGCCUGCUAUUGCUCAGAAAAUUGUCAACAGGGCUCGUUAUUCUAUUGACAAUGAAGUGUAUGACAUUACGUCCGUGUCUAGAAACGAAAUUGUCCUUAACUGUAAAGUUUUAUAUCAAGAAAUUGUCGCCAUCAUAGAACAAGCUGAAAAAAAUAUCGAAAUUAUCAACGAUGAAAAGCCGAGUCAAAAAACAAAUAGAAAAUUUGAUGAAACUGUUCAAAUAGUUGAUCAACUUCAAGAGAAGUUUGCAAAAAUGAAUAGUCUUAUGAGUGAGAUGAAAGAUGCUGAAAAUGUCGACUCAGAAGAACGCGAAGAACUGCAAAAGAAUGUUAGAGAUUUUCAGUCUCGUCUCACUCGUGCAAAUGACUUUAUCUCAAAAAAUCAAAUUACAAGCGCUCCUGAAACCAGGACGUUGAAUGUCGAUGGAGAGAUUAUACAUAUUACAACAAUCUCAACCAAUGAGAUCGUCGUACGCUAUAAGAUUCUUCAUUACGAAAUAUUACAUGCUGUCAAGAAACUGGAAAAGACAUUUGAAACUAUACAAAAAGAGGAUCCAAGCCAAGAAAAUGCGAAAGCCUUGAGAAAAGUCCACUUAGAAAUGGAUGAAUUACAGGAUAAACUGAAAGAAUUAUACGAGAAUCUUAAAGAAAUGUCUAACUCCUCUGGAGUUGAUCGCAAGGAAUUCUUGGAAAUUCAGAGAGAAUCAGAAGAAAUAGUUGAACGAUGGUCCAUACUGGUGAAACACAAUAAUAAAGAAGUUUUGAGACAACCCGCCAUUUUGCGCGAAACCAAAAGAGCAAGAACUUCUCAUAGUGGUCGUUUAACAAUUGAGGAUGAGGUGAUUGAAGUUAAAUCAGUUUCUUCCAAUGACAUUGUCAUUGUAUACAAAAUUACGUUUCUCGAAAUUAUGACCAUCAUCAAAUUAAUUGAAAAAAACAAUGAAACGAUUAAGAAAGAAGAACCAAGUCAGAAAACGGCUGCAUUGCUUGAUGAGAAUACUCAGAGACUAGAUGAGCUUCAAGAUAAAAUUACAAAGUUGAAUGAUCUUAUGACCAAAAUGGAAGUUGCUGAGAAUGUUGACUCAGAAGAAUUUGGUGAAAUACAAAACGAAUUCAAGGAUUUUGAAUCGCGUCUCAGUCUUGUCAAUGACUUUAUCACAAAAGAACGACAAAGGCAACCCGCUGUCUUGAAGAAGACUUUGUACGAGACAUCUAGAGAGGAAGAAAUGGUGUUCAGUUUAUUUGUUGAUGUGAAAUUACAUCUUACUUAAACAAAUGUUUUUUGCCGGCCAAGUAGAUUGGUAAAUAAGCAAAAGGGAUAUUUUAAUUGCACAUUUAAUCUGAAAUCUUUGCACGUAGUGUAAACAUUUAGCAAACCAAUACACAUUUUAUUUGUUAUUCAUGUACGUAGCUAUUAGUUGAAAUUUACUUUAAUGAUAGACAGAUAGAGCCAACAACUACACUUAUAAUGUGAUUAGUUUUCAUACGUGAGAAACAUACUGUAGAAAUAGAUGACAAACUUUCAUCUUCUUAAAACUAAUAUAUGUAAUGGGUCAUAUUGUGAACAAA